AUGCACCUCGAACUUUUCUCACAUUCCGCUCCACCAGAGGAUCCGUAUUAUGUGCCGGUUAAUGGUAAGUUCCACGUUUUACUCGAUCUCUGUGGGCUCGAACAAAAGGGGGGUUUAGUAGGCGAUAUGCAGAGGGGCUAGAAGAGGAAAAGCUCAAGAAGUUAUGCGCAUACCUAACAUGUGUGCAUAUUCAAUCACCGUUUUCUCCCCUAACCAUUUUCACCAUCUCCGUCUCUACUCGCCCACCAGAUUGUUUGUUGUAAUGAACUAUGUACAAGGAUAAUAGGUAUAGAAAGUUCGGAACAGAUCUCACAUUUCCUUUUUCUUGCCUCUCCCGAUAGGAUAGAGAGGAAGGAAAGAAAGAAAGAAAAAACGAUUUUGUUUGUUUGGGAUCAAUUCCUAACUAAAGUUUAUGAAAUAAUGAGUUGAGGGAAGUGGAACUCGAAACAAAACAAAAAGGGCGGAGCCUUUGAAAAACUAGAGGGCGAAAUGUUUUUUCGGCACCCCCCCCUUUCUCUCUUUUCUCUUCUUCCCUCAGUGCGUGCCUCUGCAUUUUUCCUGCCCCAUCCUCUCUAUGCACCUUUGAGAGGAGAGGAACUCCAAAAUCCUUCUGACCACUGGAUUAUCUAUUAUCCAUUCCCAAAACGAACGACUUCAACACACUGUGUGGGUUGAAGACUUUUUGGAAGUUCAUUUAUUCGAACUUUGAGCCUCUUGGGGGGUGAAAUCGAAGUCACACACACACACCACCAAAAUAACUAUUCAACAUCUAGAAUCAUUCGCAACCACGGCCCUAGCGCCGCAAUUCUCGACAACAAGCGUAUGGUCGAUUCGAAUCCAUCUGAUCCCACCAAUGGGAAUCUAUCAUUUCAACGGCGUCGCCCUUCUCCUUCUGCCCGUCCUCUGUCUGGUGGGACUCAUUGGCAAUUUUAUGGUGUGUGUGGCGAUUGCGACGGAUCGACGAUUGCACAAUGUCACCAACUAUUUCCUGUUCUCGCUCGCACUUGCUGAUCUGCUGGUUUGCUGUAUCGUUAUGCCGCUGAGCAUAGUUGUCGAGGUUCGGCACGGUGAGUUCUUUUUGAAAUUUUAAUAGAAAAUCAAAAGUUGAUGGAAGGAUCUUCCGGAUUAUCCAUCGUUCCUGCUUGUUUUGCUUGUUUUGUUUUUCUGUUCAAACAGCGACUUGUUUUCGAUUUCACUUGACAGUAACAAGUGGGAGACUACAUUGUUCUGUUUGUAAAGCUCGAAGAUUCCUAAAUUCUCACGUAAAACACGAUAUAUCCUACAUUCCAUUAUUUAUAAGUAUCAAACGGAAUGAAUAUCAGAAGAGAGUAAUUUAUCAAAAACGUCAUUUCAUCUUACAGGGGUGUGGACGUGGAGCGUUUCGAUGUGUCUGCUCUACGUGUACUCGGACGUCUUCCUGUGCUCGGCGAGCAUCGUGCACAUGUCCGUGAUUUCCUUAGACCGAUAUCUGGGAAUCUCGCAGCCACUGCACACCAGGAACAAGUCAAAGUCGCUGAUUUUUUUGAAAAUCGCGAUUGUCUGGGUGCUCACUCUCAUCGUCUCGUGUCCCAUUGCAAUUCUGGCAAUGCACGACACUUCGAACAUUCUACAAGCCAACCAGUGCAUGAUCUUCAGCCGCUACUACAUCGUCUACGGAUCCACCAUGACGUUUCUCAUCCCAUUUUGCAUUAUGGCUGUGACCUAUGUCCGAACUACGUCACUUUUAAAGAAACAGGCUUCGAUUCUGAGCCAGAAAGCUGAUGAUCGGUUGAAUGGGAACGGGCUCCGGAGAACUAUGCCGCAUAGGAAGUUAGGUUAUGUCAGAACCUAUUCGGCAACGGUGAACGCGACGUACGCCAACGGCAAGGCACUUGGAAUCCACGGUCGAACUAUGUCUAACAUCUCAAACGUUGAGAACGGCGAUUCGGAGCGGCUCGGCACCAACCGCCCAUCAAUCAACGGGAAUCUCAACGGACACAAGCAGCUGCAAAAAGCGUCGACAAUCAACCGAUGGCGAUCACGGACAUCAAACUAUCUCACCAACAUCGCCAACAAAGUGGGCCGACGAAGCUCUCUUCAGGUGGGGUCUUCAUCCGUUUCUUCUCACUUCUCAAAUUUCGUCAUAACACAUUGUAUACCUUUUCACAACUUUUGUGACGUCGCCCCUAGAGCAGAGAUAGAGAGAGAGAGAGAGAGAGAGAGGGUUUUUGAAUUGCCUCUAGUUUACAACAUGUUUCGCUACAUUUUUGAGAGCGAGAAAACCCCCGGGAAGAGUGGAAGGGAGAAGAAAAAGAGAAGAACAGAAAGAAAAACUUGCAAAGAUCAAAUAAACUCUCACACACUUUCUAAGUCCUCUACCUUAGAAGCCUAGAAGCCCCGAGCAUAAAAUACAAACUUCAACGUUGUUUUUUUUUUUUGCAGGCCGCUACUCAAGAUCUCGCCAACGAACACAAAGCGACCCGAGUGCUUGCAGUCGUUUUCAGCUGCUUUUUCAUCUGUUGGACACCCUUCUUCGCCGUGAACUUUGUCAUCGGUUUCUGCGGAUCCGGCUGCGAGAUCCCUCCGUGGUUGGGAUCCCUGUUCCUAUGGCUCGGAUACAUUUCCAGCACAAUCAACCCGAUCAUCUAUACGGUGUUCAACAAGCGAUUCCGACAGGCGUUUGUUCGGAUUCUGAGAUGUCAGUGCUUCCAUCCGCUGCGUGAUUCAUCACAUCAAAUGUACUCGCGGAACUACACGACAACGAUCGUGCCGGAUACGUAUACUUGGUUAGUCCAUUUUAGGCCUCAAUCGAGGAAAUUCAUUUCGUUUCCGGUUUGAAAAAAUAUUUCAUUCGCUCUAAAACAAAACGAUUUGCCUUUGCUUCUGCUUUCCAAAAACAAUUGGUCGGCGGGAAUAUUUUUUUUGAUGACUCUUGACAAUUUCCGGUCGGAGUGCCGCUUUUUUUUGCACAAUGAGUUCCCAUAAAUAAUUCCGAAAGAGGUUGAGCUGUGAGCGCCCGAAAAUUCCAAAUUCUAGAGAACCAAAUUAUGUUUUAGUCUGUUUUCACCGGAAUCGACGGAUUAGUCAAGAAGUAGGCUUUUCGUUCAGAGAGCACGCACAGAUGAGCAGCCGGGGGGGGGGAGAGAAGAAGAUAAAUGAUCAGCUAAUUGCUCUAUUAGCUCGUUUUUUGUUUGAAGAACACGCGUAUCCCAUCUUCUUUUCCUCCUAUUUUUCCGUUUCCGCAUCAAAAUCCACAAGUUCCAAUGUUCAAUAGUCAACACAACUAGCAAAAAUAACGUGAAAGAGGGGAGGAGGGAGAAACUGUGGUAUCAUGUUUCUCGUCUCUUGCCACUUUAUCUCUUGUCAAAAGCAAAAUAAAUGAAGGGAUUUCCAGCUCGAGAUCAAAUCAUGAACGCACUACGUCAGUGGUGGUUCGCGAUGAGACCCGAUCGGCGAGAAGUAGCGAACGGCCGGAUACCAGUAGGGCGAGGAGCGAGAUCGCGGAGGAGCCAGUCGGCAAGACGAACAAUAAAUUGACAAUGGAGAAAAAAAAGGUGGGUGGGAGGGAAGAAACGGUUUUUCAUGUUCAUUUUCAGAUCUCUCUUCCAUCAUUCCCUCGAGUCAGUUCAUCCCGUGACUCCCGUGCCACUACCGAAGAAACAACUACGGAUGAGGAGAACAAGCCGCUCAUUCCCAGAUCUACACCAUUAUCCACUCCAGCCCAACUCCUCAACCCCAUCCGCAAGUCCCUCACCACUUUCAUCACCAUGCCUUUGGAUCAGCCCCCGGCGGAUCAGUUCAAGACCCAGGUCCAUCAUGGGAGUCACAACGUCCUCAGUACUUCCCUUCUGAAUCCGAACGGGGUGCCGGCACAGCAGCCAAUUCGCUCGUUGUCCUGUGUGGAUUGCAAGAAGGCGGACAAGAUGAUGGCGUCCAAUGUGACUGACAUGAGCACAUCGACCGCCAGCACGGCUUCGAACUCUAACGGAGGGGCUAGACGUCAUUUGACGCUGUUCAACCACUUUGAUAGUGCCGCGAUCAAGGAAACUUUCCUGUAA